AUGGCUGCCGCCGGGGCGGUGGCCCAGUCGACGGUCGACCUGUCUGGCCUUCCAGCCUUCUUAAAAUCUAGCUCAAGCACCAACUGGCCAACACUCCUGAACAUUGGCAAGCAGAUCUGGAGUGAUCCAGAGGUUGGCUUGGACGAAACUCACGCUCAUGACCGCAUUGUCAACUACUUCUCCUCGAUCGCGGGCUGGACGGUAGAUGGAUCGGCAUACGCCGGCCUCCCGACCGCAUUCAGGGCCGAGUUUGACAACCGGCCUGCCGGCUUUACUGGCGAUCUCCCUACUGUAGGCUUCCUGGCUGAGUAUGACGCUCUGGUUGGUAUUGGCCAUGCCUGUGGCCACAACCUCAUCGCUCUCAAUGGCAUUUCGGCUGCCAAGUUCGCCAGUGAGGCGCUGGCACACUUCAACAUUCCCGGCCGCAUCAUCGUGGUCGGAACUCCCGAUGAAGAGAAUGCGGCUGGCAAGUUCAAGCUCAACAACUUGAACGCCUUUGCCGACUCAGAAAUCUGGUUGAUGGCUCACCCAACCACCACGAGUGCCAUCCAGCCAAUGAAUGCUCGUCUCAACUACUUUGCCACCUUUGUGGGCAACACCCACCCCGAGGCCGUUGCAAACGCCUACAGUGCCCUGAAUAUUGUGCAGAACCUGAAGGGACUACCCGGAACCAGCUCCUCCGCCGUUGGCAUUGAAAAUGUUGGUGUCUAUGCGACCAACAUUGUCCAGACUGUCAUCCAGCUCGGCGUUGCUGGCUUGAGCCUUGAUACCGUCACCAAUACUGUCUCUAGCAUCCUCGAUUCAACUUACCCCAAUGUUACCUUUUCUGCUACCACCGAUGAUAACGGCGUUGCCCUGACGAUGAACGGACCUGGUGGCCAUGCUUCAGACGCAACCAAGGGACCGCUGGUUCUCUCAGUGAACACCUUCAACGCCCUCAAGAACACUGCUGGUGUCUCGUUCUACCUGCCCGGUAACAUCUCCAUCAACGAGCUCGAUAUCACUAUUGACAUGCGCACUCGUUACACCACUGACCUCAACUCUGUGGCCAACUUUGUCAGCGCUGCUCUUGGAACUCUUCCCAAGAGUAUCUCUCACGAUGUCCAGUAUCCGGCUCUGGAGGUCACGCCUUUCCUCGGCCAGGAGUUUGUCAACAUUGUUGGAACCGCCGACUAUGGACUGACCAACUUCCCCAUCAGUACCUUUGCUCCCGCCUCGACUGAUGCCUCGUGGGUGCAAGACCCUGUUCUCGACCCUGUUAGUCACAACUUGACGUCGGCAGCCAAGGCGGUGCUUCACGCCAAUUUCGGUAUCUGCACAAACGCUUCUGGAGCUGGCUGCGCGUUUAACCAUGAGCCGGGGUUCAAGAAUUUGGCCAACACCGACUUUGCCUAUGCGCAAACGGAGAUCAUCGCCAGGGCAGAGGCUCAUCUUGCAGUGGAGCUGCUGGCGAAUCCCGCUGAUUUCCAGAAAGCGACUGCGAUUCUGUCAAACUAA